UCGACCUGAAAUCGAUAUGAAAUAGUAUUAAUACUAAUGUUUAGCGAGGUGUUUUACCAGUCUAUUUUUCUGGCUAUAAGUAAUAGUUUCAGCUCCUAUGAAGUGAUCCAGAUCAUCAGCGAACUGCAGCUUCAGACUGACACUGAAGGGAAUAGAUACAGGACCUUCACCCAGUAACAUACCAAUGAGGUCUCGCAACUUCCUAUUCAACAUUUAAGGUUCCUGUGAUGUCGGGACAAUUAAAGAACGACACUGGGGAAAGGAAACUGAGGGUAACCCUUUUGAGUGCUGGAUGGAAAGCUUCAAGCAAUGGAGACUUGACAACCAUCAACAGAGAGCUAGCAAUACAGAUGGCUAAACAUCCCAAUGUGGAAGUCAGUGUCUUCUUACCUCAGUGUAGUGAAGAGGACAAGAAAGAUGCUGAUAGUUACAAUGUUAAACUCAUUGAAGCUGUUAAACUGUCUGGUUUUGAACCAGUUGAUUGGCUAGCCUCUGUACCUGAAGGCCAUGCUAUGGAUUGUGUUCUAGGGCAUGGAGUAGCUCUUGGUCGGCUAAUUCCACUCAUAAAGAUAAAUCCAAAUUACAGUCAUUGCAAAUGGAUUCAAGUUGUCCAUACUGCCCCUGAAGAAAUUGGCAUGUACAAAAGCAUUUCUGAAGGUCAAAAAAUGCAGCAAACAGAAAUAGAACUAUGUAAAAUGGCUGAUCAAGUUGUAACAAUUGGCCCCAAGCUAACUGAUGCAUAUAAGCACCAACUCAGAAAACAAGACGUUUUUAACCUGACACCAAGCAUUCUCUCUGAAUUUUCAGAUGUCCAGCAAGCAAGUGAUGAAGAAAGAACAUUUUGUGUCUUGGUAACUGAGAGUGGUGAUAGUGAAGAUUUUUAUGUCAAAGGGUACGACAUUGCAGUGAAAGCUAUUGCUGAGCUAAAGGAUAAAUCUUACCAACUCAAGUUUGCUUCCAAACAGAGAGGAAAAGAAGAUGAAUUAGCAAACAAGUUACUUCAGUGUGGUAUUGGUUGUAAUCAGCUAAUGAUCUGCAGCUUUGAUGAAAACAGGGAAACAUUAGCCAACUUAUUCUCUGCAGUGGAUAUUGCUAUAUUGCCCUCAAGAACUGAGGGAUUCGGGUUGAGCUCUCUUCAAGCUAUAUCUGCUGGUCUUCCAGUACUUGUCAGUGGUAACUCAGGAAUUGCAGAAGCCUUAAGGAAGGUGCCUAUUGGGUCACAGUGUAUAGUGGAUUCAGAGGAUCCUGCAGAAUGGGCCAGAGCAAUUAAGGCUGUGCGUUACAAAGAAAGGAAUGUACGACUUGCAGAGGCUAGGAUUCUUCGUGAAAACUAUUUGCAGCAGUUCAGCUGGGAGAAGCCCUGUAAUUUCCUUGUUGAAAAGAUGUACAGUCUUGCAUUUGAUCAAAAAUUAAACAUCAAAGUUGGUGUGGAACAUAUCAAACUUGCAGAUCAUGAUGCUUACAGUACAGCUUCAGUUUCAGCUCUAGAGCCAGCAGGAUAUCAGAAGGCAUCCACAGCUUCAGGUGCAAAGAGAAAAAGACAAUCUGAUACAGAUUUAGAAGAUCUAGAACUACUCCAAAAGAGAGCCCUUAGCUUAAUUGCAAUAAAUUACAUCAAUACUACACCACCACAGAGCAGGUAUGAACGCAAUGAGUUUGAGGAAUACUUAGAUAAAAUGAAGGUCCGCAUAUUAGAUGUUUCUGUCAAAAGUUUGGUGAUAACAGUAAAGUGCGAGUCUCUCAAGAGCUUGGAGGAAUUAUGGGAAGAUUACUCAUGUGGCCUUUUGGAUCAGAUAGUUCGAGAUUGUUUUGUGACGGAAAAGAUCUUGAAGGAACUUAACUUGGCAGAACUGAAGCUGAAAGCAACGAUGGACUUAGAAGAGUACAAUGCAUACAAACUGUACUUUCUUGAGAAGGAUGCACUCAAAGGUGCUUCAUCAUCUGAAUUCCACUCUAUAAGUUCAACCAGUCCACGAAAACAAGAAGAGCUGAAAAAAUGGGAACAGAAGUCAAAGAUUGUUGAGAGAGAGAAACUGAAAGGUACUUCACCCCUCACUAUAAAACCCAGUACUGGUCUCAGAAAAGAAUUAAUAGAGAAAGAGCAACAAAGUAAAGGUGAACAGGAAGGUACUUCACCCUCCACUGUACUGUCCACUGCUGGUCACAAAAAAAAAUGGGAAGUAAGACACAACACUGGGAAAUUUCAGGAAAAGAAAGGCAUGUUGCCUCUUCCUGGAUCUUCCAUCUUUGGUCCUGAAGAAGAACUAGUAGAGCCACGUAUGAAACUCCAAAGAAUAAAAGGUGCCUUAUCUUCUGAAUUCCACUCCAUAAGUUCAACCAGUGAAAGUCCACAAAAUCAAGAAGGUAGUUUUCCUGUCCUUCAAUUUUCAACCAUUGAUCUUGAGAAAAAACUAGAUGAACUGAGCAUGGAGCUUCAGAGGCUCAGAAUGGAAGGCAUUAUGUAA